AUGAAAACUCAAGGGGAUUACUCGGCCAUCGAUACGAUGGAGCUCCGGGUGGUCAACCAGACGAAGGAGAUGGGCGAGAGCGCAACCGUUGCAACCAGCGCCAAAACGCCGGCAGCAUCGAUACUCGGCGCAGCGUGUCAUGAGUUCAAAAUACCCCUGGACAUUCGACUCGGAUUAUAUACGGAAGAAAAUGUUAUGCUUGCGGAGAGGAAACAAGUCUCCAGCUAUAAACUGACCACCGGCGACACGGUCUAUUUGAGGCCGAAAGCUGAAGGUGACGAUCUCCUAUUCUUGAUCAACUGGCGAGUGCUGGCAACAUAUAUAUCGCUGCUCGCUCUGACCGGACUCGUGAUCGUCGGCUCAAUAUACGCCGCGACAUCUGGGAAAGCUCCGUUCGUGUAUGGGGUGGUGAUCGAUGCGGGUUCCUCACAUUCAGAGGCAACGCUCUACCAUUGGGAUGGAUCGAAGUUUUUCGGAACCGGAAAAGCGAUACAGGUCGCCCAUGCUGGAUCAGACUCGUCUGGGAUCUCGGCCCUCACCCCGCGAGAAACGCAGAAGGUUUUGGAAGAUCUGCUGGAAGAAGUGAAGAAGGCCAUUCCUCCUCAAGAACUCUACAGAACCAAAGUUUAUCUCAGUGCAACCGCCGGAAUGCGGCUUCUCAACAUCACCGAUCCCGAGAAAGCCGACUUGAAUUUUCUGGCCGCGGAAGCAGCCAUAAAAGGCUCAGGGAUGUCCUUUGGUUCGGCGGGGAUCCUGACCGGUCAAGAUGAAGGACUCUCGGCGUGGCUUUCAGCGAAUUAUCUCCUCGAUAAGCUCCCGAAGGAUCGCACGAAACCGGAAGAUCUCGUUGGUGCCAUGGAUUGCGGAGGAGCGUCGACGCAAAUCGCCUUCGAAGUUGACCGAAAUUCGAAUCAUCCCGAGUUCCGUCUCAUGAAGUUAUACGGUCACGAAUACAACGUGUUCUCGCGAACUUAUUUAUGCUUCGGACUCAACGAGGCCUUCUCCCGUUACAUUAUGUUGCUCCUAAGCGAGCAGAAAUACGAUCUCGGUAGACAAAUUGACUCUCCGUGUCACAACAAGGGCUACAAAGAUUUCGUAAACCUCGAGAGAAUUCUCUCUCCAUGCACGGUUCACAAGGACAUGCCUGAAAAUCUCUACCAGAAGAAAGCCACGAAGCUCCGAAUCGUUGGCACCGGCGAAAGCGCUGUCUGUCAAAGCACCGUAUCGAACCUGUUCCCCGAAAAGGACUGCAGAUUCCGCGGUUUCAAUGAAUGCUUCAGAAGGAUGCCGAUCGCCGUCCCCAACGCCAAUUUCUCGGCGCUCUCUGGCUUCACUUAUGUUAUCGACGAGCUGGGCUUCAAUGGGACCUCAAUGGACGAGCUCGGGAGAUCCGUCUACGACUUCUGCGGACGGCCGUACCAAGAGGUCAAAGACGAGGUAUACAAAGGGAAAGACAAGUUCGCCUCCACGGGCUGUUUCAGAGCCGCCUACGUCACCAGUCUACUUCAAAACUUCGGCAUCAGCAACGAGAAUUUGAAUCGGGUCAGCUUCUUGCGGGAGGCCAAGGGAUACAACCUCGGGUGGUCUUUGGGCUACAUGAUCAACGCUACGAACGCUAUUCCCGAAGCCGAUCCAUACCCGGCUGCGAUCCCGACGCCCUGGUUCGUCAUAAGCGUUAUUCUGUUUGCCGUGGUCCUCGGCAUCGGAGUAUUCGCAUACUUCAUCUACAGGCGAAGAGCACAGAGAUUGAAUCGGGCCAAGAAAGAGAAGGACGGAAAAGAAGAGUAUGGCUUGAAAGAGACUUCUGCUUAGAGGUCUGCUAUUUAAGUGUAUUUAUUUUAAAUACUAUACUAUUAAGGUAUUGAGAUUCGGGAGAAAUCAUUAUGCGAAUCACUGUUACUAUGAGUUAUGGCAGGAUUUGAAUGAUUGGGAGGCAUGCCUAUCUAUGUAAAACUAGGGAGUCGAGGUCCACAUUCGGUGCGAUCAAGAAUCGAUUCCGAUCCCCGGAAUCACAACGGGACCGAUCCUAUCUUAGAACAGCGUACAGCUUGGAAGACUUGUGUAUAUGUGUACAAUAUGUACUUCUGGAACGAAUGGAAAACGGGUGAAUGAAUGCAACGUCCUUCGUUGACACCGCCAAAGUUCCGAGGCUUCGAGAAGAAUUGCUGGUAGGUACUAUGAAUCACUCCAUGUGACAAAUAAGCAGAAGUAAAAUGUGAAAGCUGCUUGAUUGAAUAAAUUUCGAUUGU